AUGCCCAUCUCGAAGUUCUCUGUGGACAUUGUCAAGGGUUGGACGCGGGCCACGUGCGUAGUGUUCAUCAUGCUGGCAGUGACGGAGCUGGACCCUAGCGAGGAGUCGACGAAGGCCUUGGUCAAGCCCUUGGAGCGGGUUUUGGACAAAGCUUGGCUGUUGCCCAUGCACGUGGCUAUCGGUAUGAACAAGGAUCAACAAUCCUUCAGGAACAUGUCCCUCUCCUUCCGUGGCGCUGAGCGUCAAGCCCCAUCAGUUCUUCAAAUGGCCCUUCGCUUCUCGCAGAUCAUGGACAGACAAGGCAGCACUACAUCUGGCAAUACUGAAACUCGGUUGAAGAAGGUCAUCAAGCAGUUCAACAGCAGUGAGGGUCUUCACGUUCGUCAUCAGAUUGAUGCAGACAAAGAACGAUCCAUUCUGAAUCUGAUUAUUGGAACAUGCAAGGAGACACGAGACAUCAUGUCUCAGCAUCUUGCCUUUGUCAAAUGGCGUGAAAGCGCCCUGAGCACGGACCUGUUGAAGGGUUCGCGAUGGUUGUUGGGCGCGCGCCCCAAGGGAUUGCCGGAGUGUCUGCAGGACGCGCUCACGGUCACGGCGGAAUCCCAGUCAAUGCUGAUGCAGCUCCAUGUGAAGCGCUUCCUACAGGCCACUCGGAGGACGAAGCCUUCUCAACGCGCCCGGGCGCGUGCUUCUCCCGAGGAGUUCGACAAGAUGGUGGACUAUAGUUGCAUGUUUGCAUACCUGAGGGAGAGCGCCAAGAAGGCAACAUCCGAUUCCAAGGUCGAUGGCAAGCUGAUGGAAGCUUUUUUGGCCAGGGACUAUUUUCAGGACGUGGAGGCCGUGGUGGCUUCGAAGAACCCCUCCUUUCAGCUCAAGUCGCUCAUCGUUUGGACAGAUUUGGUGGAACCUCCAACUCUACCCUCUUGCCUGCAGGGAGAAGAAUCCACUGACCUCCUGGCAGCCCAGGAGCAAGCAGCCGCUUCGAAAUUCAGUGAGAUCAAGGUCAAGCUCGCAUCUGACUGCAAGGCGAUGAACACGUUCAACGCCGAGAAGACGCAGGUUGCUGGGAAGCAACACGUUGCGAAGGUCUUGCACCAGAAGGCUCAGAAUGAGGCCGGCGCCAAGGUGGUUGAAGAGUUCAUGCAGAACCGUUGCUGGAUGGGGCUGGUGCCCGAGUGGGCAAUGCCAGCGGAAGUGGACACCAUGCUCCGGGCGACUGGUGCUCGCAAUCAGGUUACCAUGGAGAAGGUCCACGUGGUUGGCUGGGUCGACUUGACCAAGAUUGGCAUCAUCACCCAAAAGGAUGUGACCACGGUUGGCCAAUGGAGGCUGGAGGACAAGCUGAAUGAUCACAAGAUCGAGUUUCGCCAGUUCUUUAUGCCCUUGGACAUCUCUGGAUUGCAUCACAACCGCUCCAUGCCGGGAGGAUUUGUCUUCUACCUGUGCGUUGCUGACAUGUGCCUACCAAGCCAGGGCACUGCGCACAGAGCCAACAGGGGAGUUGGCAAGGUGGACAAGUCUGAUGUCAAUGUCUUUUGCUUCUCAAAGCUGUGGCAGAACCAAAUGGUGUCUUCCAGCGUUUGUGCUCUCGAGGAGAGUCACUUUGUGAUUCCAGGCCAGGGCAUUGUGUCCUCCAGUGCAGAAGGCCGCAGGAACUACACCGAUGCUCAAGAAACGGCACAAUGGCUUGGUGGUGAUUCUGUGCCUGAGCACAUCCUUGCCGAUUUGCUUACAGGUGCCAACGGUGAGAUUCAGCCCGUGAUGGUGGUGAACGCCACCAUGUAUGACGGAUGCUUGGAAAAGACCUGCGUGAAGCAUGCUAUUCCAUGUGUCUCGCAAACGGAGAAGCAGCACCCGUUCACGAUGGCCUUGAAGAUCACCAAGAGCUAUCUCCUAGAGCUUUGGAAAAAGCAUGAGGGUGUGAUGGAAAACGCUUUGCCUCGCUUCAUUGCUGAGCCCAACCCGGAAACGUUGCCAUCUGACCCGAAGGAACCGAACUUGUUGCUCUGCUCUUUGGUGGACGGCGCUUUGUGUCUUCCUCGCAAUAUCAGGGCCGAGUUCCUCACAGAUCCAAUCCGAAGCCCCGAGUGGCGCAAGAUGCUCCAGGAGUUCGACAGGUGCUUUGGCACAGCAGCAGGGAACGCUGCAGAGCCCGAGGCCGAAACUGGGGGUGGCGACAGUGCUGAUGCCGGUCCUCAGGGCGCUCCCUUUGACUGGGCAGGCGCCUUUGUUGAUGAGCCUCAGGAGACGGAGAAGUGGCACGCCAAGUAUGAUGCUUUGGUCCAUGGCAAGUUCACGUGGUGCCCAGAGUUGACCGCGUACAUUGUCAAGGAGUCGGAGGAUUCAUCUGCGGAUGCUGAGGCGCCCAAGAAGUUCAAGCUUUUCAUUGAAGCGAAUGAGCCUUACACGUUGAAUACAACGGAUCCAUUCUUGACAUAUGGGGCGGGUGUAUGGUUGUUGGACAACAAGGCUGAGACCUUCAUCUCUGAAAACUCAGAGCAUGGUCACAAAGGCGUUGUCUGCAGCUUCAGCUCUGACUUGGAUCCAGUUGUGCUCGAGGAGAACGGUCAUGAUAGCGAUCUGAAGUCACUUCGAUGUGUCCUUCAGCAGUGCGAAGCGACCGGGAUGGUCGAUUUUGAGCUUGGCGGCCAUACGUUUUCGAGGCCGGCAGCAGUGGUCCAAGGGUUGUCUGCUGACAAGUUUGAUGUUUCCAUCAAGGCAGGUAGCAGCAUGGUCUGGAGGCCCAACAACCUCCAGGUCUCAGGCUUGCGGGCGACCAAUGCUGCAAGCUUCUUCUUGUCAAGCUGCUUGGAUUCUUCGCCAGCGUUGAAGAAGGUUUGGCGAGUGCGGGCGUACAGGCCUCAAAAGACGCUGGGCCCGGCCAAGCCAAUGUGGUUCCUUCGCCACACCUUGGACAUGGCAAAGGGUACUGUGCAAAGGGUGGUGUGA